AUGUCGGACCCGGAUUCUUUGACCAACUGUCGCUUCUAUGAGGAAAAAUAUCCCGAAGUCGACAGUUUCGUGAUGGUCAACGUGAAGCAGAUCGCGGAGAUGGGAGCCUAUGUUAAGCUUCUCGAAUACGAUAACAUCGAUGGCAUGAUUCUCCUCUCAGAACUCUCCCGAAGACGUAUCAGGUCGAUACAGAAACUCAUCAGGAUCGGGCGAAACGAGGUGGUCGUCGUGCUGAGAGUGGAUAAGGAGAAGGGGUAUAUCGAUCUGUCGAAACGAAGAGUCUCCGCCGAGGAUAUCGUCCGAUGCGAAGAGAGGUACAACAAAAGCAAGUCGGUCCAUUCGAUCAUGCGCCACGUUGCCGAAAAGACGAAAACCCCGAUCCUGAAGCUCUAUGAGGAUAUUGGCUGGCCCCUCAACCGGAAGUACGGCCAUGCAUAUGAUGCGUUCAAGCUCUCGAUCACAAACCCAGAAGUGUGGAAUGAUGUUACCUUCCCGAACGAUGUUGUCAAAGAGGAAUUCCAAUCUUACAUCGGCAAGAAGCUCACGCCACAUCCCACAAAAGUACGUGCCGAUGUCGAGGUGACAUGCUUCAAGUAUGACGGUAUCGACGCCGUGAAAGAAGCCUUGAGAAAAGCAGAAGCAAGGAACAACCCCACCACACAAGUUAGAGUCAAGCUGGUGUCUCCGCCCCAUUAUGUCCUAACUAGUCAGUGUCUCGACAAGAACCAGGGUAUUGAGCUACUUGAGCAGGCUAUCAAGGAUAUUGAGGAGACCAUUGAGAAAGCAGGCGGCAGUUGCGUGGUGAAGAUGGCACCUAAGGCUGUGACUGAACACGAUGAUGCAGAGUUGCAAGCACUGAUGGACAAGAGGGCCAAGGAGAACGAGGAGGUUAGCGGUGAUGAGGAUGUCAGCGAAAGUGACGAAGGGCCUGAGGUUGCAUGA